UCUCUCUCUCUCUCUCUCUCUCUGUGUUUGUGUGUGUGUGUUGGGGGGUAGGGAAAUCUACUGACAGAGGUCGGGGUGUGGAUGCCCCAGGGCCCAGCCCUAGAGGCCUGCGAGAAGACGGCCAGUCCUGUGGUGGUGUGUGUGGGAAACACAGCGGACCUUACCAGCUACUCCUCUCCUUGGGCAGUUUCUAAAUAUUUCUUACAAGACGGAGCCAGGCAAGAACCCUUUUCCUGGCCAGUCCUUACACUUCCUGGGACAGUCUCAGAUGCAAUCUCUUUUAUUCUGGCUCUGCCCCUUUCCUUGUUUGGAGGAGACAUAUUUUGCCUGUGGCCGGCAGGUUUGCCUCAUUCCCAGUGCAGCCGGCCCUGCAUCGUGGCCUUGGGCUGCCCACUGGGACUCUGGACUUUUUCAGACCUGUCUGGGAAACGCAGGGCAGCACACCUUCAGUCUCUGGCGGGUUCUAACUCAAGGCUGUCCUCUUCUCUGGGACCUAUGGGCUCCCUUUACCCCUGUCUCUGCUGUAGCAGCCAUCCCUGGCCUUCACUCCUGCAGGGAGCUGAGCUAGAACCACUGGGAAGUGGUGGUGGAGACAGGCUGUAUGACGCUGAGGCAGGGGUUGGUAGCACACAGGAAGCAGGCCUGGAAUGAGAAAUGAAGAGUUUGCCUCAGAUUUUCUCCAAGUGUGCAUAGGAAGCACCUCCUAUUGAAUAUCUGGGAGUGGAGCCUGGAAUUUUAUUUUUAACAGGCUCUUCAUGUGAUUCCUGUGCCUACAAACAGAGGAACGCCCACUGGGGUCAGGAACUUGGCCUCCAAUCAUUAGACCCCACCAGCCCAGAAGAGGCACAUAUGCAGUACCUGUAUUUGGCACUGACAGCUGGCUGGCGGAGAACUCAUCCAGGGAGAGAAGAGACAAGAGUGAAGUAUGAAAUUUUGAAUAAUGUUUUCAGAUGGUUUGCAUUCACAAUAGACCUCCAAGUUGGGACCCAAGCUGUCAACGGAUCCUACAUUCCUAAAAUCCUGAGUUGCAGGCAUUGAUUUUUUAUUUUUGAAGAUGGAUGAAAGUAUAGAAAUUUCAAGUGAUGGAAAUUCCUUGAUCAAAGCAGUCCAUCAGAGCCGGCUUCGCCUCACAAGACUUUUGCUAGAAGGCGGUGCCUACAUUAAUGAGAGCAACGACCGUGGGGAAACACCUUUAAUGAUCGCUUGUAAGACCAAACAUGUUGAUCACCAGAGUGUCAGUAAAGCCAAAAUGGUUAAAUACCUGUUAGAGAACAAUGCUGAUCCCAACAUACAGGACAAGUCUGGGAAAACUGCUCUGAUGCAUGCUUGCUUAGAAAAAGCUGGUCCCGAAGUUGUUUCUUUGCUCCUCAAGAGCGGGGCUGACCUCAGCUUGCAAGACCAUUCUAGUUACUCGGCUCUUGUUUAUGCUAUAAAUUCGGAAGAUAGAGAGACUCUGAAAGUUCUGCUUAGUGCUUGCAAAGCAAAAGGGAAAGAGGUCAUCAUCAUCACGACAGCAAAAUCGCCCUCUGGGAAGCACACUACCAAACAGUACUUAAAUAUGCCACCUGUGGACAUAGAUGGGAGUCACUCCCCAGCCUCCUGCACCACUCCUUCAGAAGUAGACAUCAAAACAGCCUCGUUGUCACGUUCACAUUCUUCUGAAGCUGAACUGACACUUUAUGGCUUUAAGGAUCGUGAGCUCUCUGGAAGCAGUGAUGAUCCCUGGGACCCAAGCUCCCCUGGGAGGAAGGCUGCUGUGGCCCUUAAUGGGUCCAAGCUACCCCAGGCUCCGCUGUGGCUCAAGAAUACCCCAUCCUUAAUGCACCAGAACAGAGUGGCCUCAUUGCAAGAGGAGCUCCAGGAUAUUACUCCAGAGGAAGAAUUAUCCUAUAAAACCAAUGCGCUGGCAUUUUCCAAGCGAUUCAUCACUAGGCACCAAAGCAUUGAUGUAAAAGACACUGCACAUUUGCUGAGAGCCUUUGAUCAGGCCAGCUCAAGGAAGAUGUCAUAUGAUGAAAUAAAUUAUCAGUCUCCUUUUUCAGAAGGAAAUCAGCAAUGCAUUGAAAUCCCUAUUGACCAGGACCCAGAUUCUACCCAGACAAUAUUUACUUCCACCUUAAGAAGUAUAGUUCAAAAAAGAAACUCGGGGGCAAAUCACUACAGCUCUGAUUCCCAGCUCUCAGCGGGUCUUACCCCUUUAGAAGAUGGCAAAGCACUUACAGGAAAGAAAAAGAUCCUUUCGCCAUCUCCUUCACAAGUGUCAGGCUCCAAAGAAUUGCUGGAGAAUGUGCCUCCAGGUGUCCUGAGCAGGAGAAAUCACGCAGUUCUAGAAAGGCGGGGUUCGGGAGCUUUCCCAUUAGAUCACAAUAUUACUCAAAUCAGACCAGGAUUCCUGCCACCCUUAAAUGUAAAUCCUCACCCUCCCAUAUCAGAUAUCAAUGUCAACAACAAGAUUUGCAGCCUUCUUUCUUGUGGCCAAAAAGUGUUUGUUCCAACAGUUCCUAUUUUCCCUAAAGAAUUGAAAAGUAAAAAAAUGUUGUUGAGGAGACAAUCAUUGCAAACAGAACAAAUUAAGCAAUUAGUAAAUUUUUAAGAGAUGGAUAGAAAACAUGUUUUCUUCAAAUGGCUGUAUCAGAGAAAUAUGGAAUUAGAGAAGAAAUCAUAAAUGUUCAUCCUUUUAAAUCUUUUAAUUGGUUAGUCCAUAAUGGUUAGGCAGAUCAAAAUGUAAUGUGUGUUAUAUUGUCACCAUGAACACACAAAUAAUAUCUAAUUUCUGCUAAGGAAAUUAUCUCAAGCGAAAUGACAGCUAUUUUUCUUAAAACCUCCAAUAUUUAACAACCUUCAUGUGGUCCAAAUUUGUCAUUUAAGCAAAAAUCAUGUCCAGGCAAGUUGGCUUAUGCCAGUAAUCCACUCUGGGAGGCCAAGGCAGGAGGAUUGCUUGAGCUCAGGAGUUUGAGACUAGCCUGAGCAAGAGCGAAAACCCUGUCUCUUUAAAAAAAUAAAUAAGUAAACAAAAGUCAGCAAAGAAAGAAGGCCACAUAUGUUGGAGAUAAUUUUUUUUUAAUUUCAGAUUGGCUACAUAUUUUAUUAGGAAACAGUUUUUAAGUCAAUAAUUUUUUUUAACAUUUCAAGUCAAUAAAUAAGAUUGUAAUUUACUAUGAUCCCAAAAGCAUAACAGAAAACUCUAACAGCGAUAAAAUGUUCUAGGAUCUAUAAACCUAAGCUCCAAAGAAAGAAUGAACUAAUUCUUAAAAAAUGUUGACUGCAGGUAGGUAAAAAUCUAAUUAAAAUUUUUAAAGUUUAAACGCCAUAGUAGAAUGGACAACUACAAUAUUCGUGGUAUCAGCUUAAUCAGUGUCAAACUGGCAGGUCAGAGUUUUACAAGCUACUAAUAAUAUGUGCCUAGUCCUAUUGUUUGUAUGCUGUUUUUUGCUUUUUUUGUUGUUGUUUUAAAUAAACUCACCUAUAAGGUUAUCAUAUGGAAUUAUUCUUUCUCCAUAUCUUUUAAUUCCUAUUAUUACUUUUGAAAAACAAUCCAUAGGUUUCCAGUAGCAAGGUAAUAUAAUACAAAAGUUAAAAAGCAUUCCUCUUUACUUAUAUCAAAUUAUUCUUGUCUUUCAAAAGAAACAAUCAAAAAAAGUUUGAGAUUUAUCACAAAUAGAAACUAAGUGCUUGCUUUGCUUUUAAAAGUAAAACUGAUUAGUUUAGCUAAAAUUUAAAAAGCCAAUAGAAAAUCACAAAAUAUUCAGUCAAUAUUAAGUGAUAUCUUUUUAUUUUGGAUAUGUAGUUAUUAGACAUUUAUAUAAUAAGGAUAUAUAAUGAUAAUUUCCUUAAUGUGACAUUCCAAUCAUCUAGUAUUUUAGGACCUGUGAAUAACUUCUAACAAAAUAAAUGAAUACCAUGCUACUAUUAUAAAAUAUAAAAUAACUAAAUUAUCUAUAUAACUUCAAGGUAUGGUGUUUAUACAAAGAAUCCUUAUUUCAACCUAGCAGUUUCUCAACAAAGAAUAAAUCAGACUAUAUAAAUCCUGAGUGUAUUAAUUUGAUGAUUGUCAUAUAUAAUAUUUUUUGCCUUCUGUGAGUAGAGGUGAUCCUAAUAUUUGGUGUAAUGCUUUUCCUAGUUAUUUGAUAUAAGUUGUAAUGUACAUAGUAAUUAUUUAAUUAUUUGUGGCUUUUAUUUUAAAAAGUAAUUGCAGGUUUUUCCAUUUAAUGUUUUGAAGAACAUAAUAUUAAUUACAUUGGAAAUAUUUUUUGAUUCAUAACUUAGAAUUGUAUCUGAUGUUUAUAUGGGUAGCUAAAUGCCUUCUGCAAGUUUAAUAUUGAGAAAAACAGUUAAUUUCAAGUUGUAAGGAUACAGUUUGGAAGAAUAUGUAAAUGGAUUAGUUCAUAAAAUGAUACCAAUAAAGAUUUAAAAUAUCA